AAUGAACGAGAGAAGUAAGUGCCAGAGGCUUUGAUUUGUACUGACCCUGCCUAGAUCUUAACAUCAGAAGUGUCAGCCCAUUCCAGAGCCUUGACAAAAGAAAGCACAAGAGAGGUAUCUUCUCCAAAGGGCGGUGCCAGAGUAGACUUCAUAAAGACAAAGGACAUAAUAAAAAAGGGAAUGAGCUCCCCCGGAUUCUGCAGUCUCCUCAGGAGAGAGCAACUCCAAUCUUGAGCCCGAAGCGAGGUGAAGUCAACUAUUUGGAAGAGUUACAGAAAGGAAGCGAAAUGUUACGGAAAGAAGCAGCUAAUAACCUCCAGAAAUUCGGAGGAAACUUUAUGUUUGACUUCUAUGGUGGCAAGGCAAGGAUGGACUUUUCAACAAGAAACGAAGUUGAGCAGACACAUCAGGAAGUAGCCAAUACAUUCGUGGGUGAGAAGAAGAACAAAUGGGGAGUCCUGUGUAAUUACAUCACUAGCAAACAGAACAACAGUGAUAUCGUGACAAAUGUAAUUACAGAGAGGAUCAAUGAUAAGGUCAAAUCUCUUGAAGAUGUCAAAAUCUCAAUUAAGAAGAACUGCAAGAAGAAGCAUAAGUUCUCCAAGAUGUUUAAAAAUAAUCCUAAUCUGAAUGCAGCUGAUGCCAUGAAAACCUAUGACUUUGCAAAUAGGUCUCGAUGAUUUAGCGAUCCAAGGAUUGAUAAUAAUGUUGAGAAUACUAAUUUUGUUCCUAAUAAUGGAACUAUAUCUCCUCUAUCUGAUAACAGAGGGGUUACCCUGAAAAGCCCUCUAGGAAUGAAGACAAUAGGGCCCACUGAAGAGAAGUCAUUUCUGAAACCAAUGCCCAAACUCAGGAAGAAAAAGUCUAAGAAAGUAGUAGAUGGUAAGGAGGAAGACUUCGACACUUAUUACCAGAAAAUGAUCCUUCCAAAGCCUCUCCGCAAGGUGAAUCCUAACUUGCUAAAGUUGCUACCUCGAACUACAGCGAGUGAUGGGCAUAGUCCAGGCCUUGGUGAUCUUGAAACUAAUAUAAAACCCACUGAGAACCAGAAAGAGUUUAUUCGCAUAAAAUGGGAGUUGAAGAGGGUUGAGACCAUGCAAAAGACCCAGAUGAACCAGUUUAAAAAGCUAAAGAGAAAGCUUAGUCCAAGGAAGGUCUAUAUCUCUGAGAAAUAAGAUAAAUCCUCCUGACAACAUCGACGAGACGACUCUCAGGGACUCUUUGACAAAGGCGUCCUGCGCCGGCAACAAGAACGAGAGGUACUCCAAAAUUAUCCACAAUGAUGACAGAAUUGAUGAGCAAGAGAUGCUUAGUUUCCAGAAACAGAUGACAAUGCCAAUGCAUUGUUUCUCGCCUCAUAAUGAAGUUAGCAAACUUCUUGAUGAUGACAACGAGCUUAAAAUUGAUGAAAUCAUUGAAGACAUGAAAUCUUCAGAAGAAAACAGCGUCAGUGACUCUGAGUCUUACACCAAGAAGCAGACUCUGAAGCCCAAGAAGAACGUGAAUCCUUCGAAGAAGUGCACUGGUAAGGAAAAGAGAGGCAAGUUCUUCGUUCAUAAGGCUAAAAGUUUCAUGAAGCCAAGGAAGGUCCAGUCUAUUAAUACGACUAAGAACCUUACAGAUAAGCUUGCUAGUACUAAGAAGAAGAUUAAUAUGAUCAAGCUGAGUUCCACUGUUUUUAAUCACGAGGUUAGUACAAAGAGGAUUGGGAACUCUAGGUCUCCCUCUCCGGAGAAGCACCACACCAGUGACUCUUCCAGUGAGAAUUUCUCGAACGAUAGCCCUGCAGGAUCAAGGUCUCCUGAGAAGGUAGAUUUUGCCAACUCUAUAAUCUCACCGAUCCGUUGUGUUGACGAAGACAAGAAGGACAAACCUUUGGAGGUAAUGCUGAGCAGUGAUUUCAUUAGCUCGACUGAUGAAAAUAAUGAGUCUUUCAAGUUGAAGUUAAUAAGAUCUAAAAAUAGCAGUCCUUGUGCUGAGAAGACGAGUAAGAGAUCUCCUUCCCCAAAGAAGUCGAAUAAACUGACCAUUAAGCCAACGAGGAUCACUACAAAGAAGAAUGUAUGUAGAGCUUAUGCGGCCCAAGCUGGAUCUCAUCGAAAGCAGAAGAAGAAAAAGUCAUUGAGGAAGAUGUUUUCGGAGGAGAUAAAGUUUAGGUCAACUAUUGACAGAGCUUAAGAUCCAAGGGAUGCUCUAGACCUCAUAAAGCGUUGGAUAGCUGCUUUAUGGGGGUAUAUGUUUAAAGUUUCUAGUAAAUCUUGUAUUACGCAACUAAUGAAUGCCCUUGCUCAAGAGUUACGGGACAGGACACAUAUCUCAGCUAUCACUGUUGCUUAUGCAUGCUUUUAAUCCUGU